AUUUUCUGAGGCUCCUCAGCUUCUCAGGAGAAAAUCCUAGGGAAAGGAUUUUCAUAAAAUAUCCCAAUGACAGCACUGCAGGCUGCUCCUGCUGCCAGGGGCUCCAGAAAUGCUGCAGCUUCCUUUUGGGGCCAAAGCCAGGCACCCCAAAACUCGGAGGAGCCCCAGGAGCUGGAGCCCCAAAACCAGGAGGGGCAGAACCCCAGAGAGCCAGAACACCCCAAAACCCAGAGAGCUGGAGCCCAGAGACUCAGAGACCCUAAGAGCCAGAGAGCCAGAGACCUCAAAAACAGAGAGCCUGGGCCUGGAGACCCCAAAACCCAGAGAGCUGGAGCCCACCAGCCCAGGCCAGGGGUCAGGAGCCCCAUCCAGCCCCGUGUGCAGGGAGGGUCCCUCACCCCAGAACGAGCAGUGGCAUGUGGCAGGUGUGACCCUCCCCACCUGUGCCAGCCCGCCAUGGAGCCGUGCCCGGGGCAGCCCCAGGAGGCCCUGCUGACGGUCAACGAGCAGGUUAUUGUCAUGUCCAGCCACGAGACCAUCCGGGUGCUGGAGGUGGGGGUGGAUGGGGACCCCAAAACGGCCGGGGAGGGAGCGGGGGGGUCCCCGGCACAGGGGGGCCCCCCAGGUGUGGAGGACGCUCCCGCCAGCACCCCGAGCUCGUCCGGCGGGGAGGCGGCAGGUAAAGCCAAAGCAGCGUCGCCCGCCCCGGUGGCCUCGAGCCCCGCCCCGAGCCAGCCCGGCGUGACACACCUGGCCGUGCAGGCCGCGCCACAGGUGUUGGCUCAGGAAAGCUUAGCCACAGGUGUGACAGGAGUAAUGGUUCCGGCAGGGACAGUUACUCAACCUCUUCUUAUCCCCAUCAGUAUUGCAGGUCAGGUGACAGGCCAGCAGGCGCUGGCCCUGGUGACAAUUCCCACAGCAACGCUCGCCGCGCUCCCGGGACUGACGCCGGCGGCACCUGCGGGGGCGAUUUUCAAACCGCCCGUAGCCAAUCUCACAGCCGCCGCCGUGCUCAGCCCCGCCGUCCCGGCCGUGCCCGCGGUGCCGGCGCCGCGCCCGCCCCCGGGGCAGCCCCCGCUGCUGCCCCAGCCCCCCCCGGCGCCCACGCCCCCAAAGGAGCCCCCGGUGGCCGCGCAGCCCCAGAUCGCCGGACUGGCCUUUAACCCCGGCAUUCUCACGGCGGCUCUGGGGGCGCAGCCGCAGAUCCUGGGGUCCCUCAGCGCCCCCCCCGUGAUCGCCACCCCCCUGCCCAGCGUGCAGGGGAUCCCGGGGCAGCUCCUGAGCACCGCCCAGGGCCAGGUGAUCGGGACCCUGCCGUGGGUCGUGGCCCCCCCCGGGGUGGCCGCGGCCGCCCCCGCGCCGGCCCCGGCCAGCCUGCAGGUGACAGCGGUGACCCCGCAGCUGCUGCUGAACGCGCAGGGCCAGGUGAUCGCCACGCUGGGCGCCACGUUGGCCACGGGGACAGCCCUGGCCACCGCGCCCCCCGCGCCCGCCCCCGGCAAGAAAAACGGCCCCGCUGAGCAGCCCCCCAUCAAGAGCGAGGUCCAGCCCAUCCAGCCGGCCCCCGCGGGGGUGGGGCCGAGCCCCCCGGCCGUGCCCAAGGUGUCGGUGCCGCCAUCGCCGGGGCCCGGCCCGGGCUCCGAGACCCCGACCGUGAGCCAGCUGGUGGCCAAGCCCCCCGCCCCGCCCAGCGCCGAGGAGGACGGGAUCAACCUGGAGGAAAUCCGGGAAUUCGCCAAGAACUUCAAACUGCGGCGCCUCUCGCUGGGGCUGACCCAGACCCAGGUGGGGCAGGCGCUGACGGCCACCGAGGGCCCCGCCUACAGCCAGUCUGCCAUCUGCAGGUUCGAGAAGCUGGACAUCACGCUGAGUGUCCCCCCUGAGUGUCCCCUCUGUGUCCCCAGGUUCGAGAAGCUGGACAUCACGCCCAAGAGCGCGCAGAAGCUGAAGCCGGUGCUGGAGAAGUGGCUGCGGGAGGCGGAGCAGCGGCAGCGCGAGGGGCAGCAGCACCUGCUGGAGUUCGUGGGCGGCGAGCCGGGCAAGAAGCGCAAGCGCCGCACCUCGUUCACGCCGCAGGCGCUGGAGGCGCUCAACGCGCACUUCGAGCGCAACGCGCUGCCCACGGGCGCGGAGAUCACGCGCAUCGCGCAGGAGCUGCGCUACGAGCGGGAGGUGGUGCGGGUGUGGUUCUGCAACCGCCGCCAGACGCUCAAGAACACCAGCAAGCUGAACGUGUUCCACGUGCCCUGAGGGCCGCGCCCGGCCCGGCUCUGCCCCGCCGACACCGACACCGGGACCGGACCGGACCGGGUACAGCAGCGCCCGGGGCGCCGGGCUGGGAGCGCUGGGAGCGCCCGCGGGUCCGUCCCGGCUCCUGCCACAGCACUUUGGGCACUGCUCUGUCCCUCUGCAGCCUGGUUCUGUCACUGCACCUGUCCCUGUGCCACCUGGUUCUGUCACCGCACCUGUCCCUGUGUCACCUGGUUCUGUCACCACAUCUGUACCUGUGUCAGGUGGUUCCACCACCACACCUGCACCUGUGUCACCUGGUUCUGUCACUGCACCUGUCCCUGUGUCACCUGUUCCACCACCACACCUGUCCCUGUGUCACCUGUUCCAGCACCACACCUGUACCCAUGUCCACCAUGACUGUAUCUGUGUCCAUCCCCACUCUGCCCCCUCAGCAAAUACCAGUGCCCCAAGCUGGGAGCGCCCCCGGCUCCUGCCACAGCACUUUGGGCACUGCUCUGUCCCUCUGCCACCUGGUUCUGUCACCGCACCUGUCCCUGUGUCACCUGUUCCACCACCACAGCUGUCCCUGUGCCACCUGGUUCCAUCACCACACCUGUGCCUGUGUCCACCAUGCCUGUACCCAUGUCCAGCACACCUGUAGCUGUGCCCAGGUCCUUACCUGUGUCCACCAUGCCCAUGCCUGUGUCCAUCACACCUGUACCCAUGUCCACCAUGCCUGUAGCUGCGUCUACCACACCUGUACCUGUGUCCAGCACACCUGUGCUUGUGUUCAUCCCCACUCUGCCCCUCAGAGACUCCCACAUGCCCUAAACUGGGAGCGCUGGGAGCGCCCCUGUGUCCUCGCAGGCUCCUGCCAGCAGCACUUUGGGCACUGUUCUGUCCCUCUGCCACCUGUUCCACCCCCACACCUGUCCCUGUGCCACCUGGUUCUACCACCACACCUUCACCUGUGUCCAACCUUCAAUGUCUUCCACAAGCUCUGAACUGGGAGCACUGGGAACAUCCCAGUUCCCAAUCACAUUUCCCCUCUGACCACCUACCAUCAUUCCUUUGGCCACUGAUUUUGUCCCUUUGGCCACCCCUGUGUCCCUCCAGCCCUGUGCCCGUACCUGUGCCCACCCCCCUGUGCCCUCAGCGCCCUGAACUGGGAGCACUGGGAAUCCCUCUGUGUGUCCCACCAGUCACAGCCCCCUGACCUCCAGCCAUCAGCACUUUGGCCACUGGAUUUGUCCCUUUGGCCAUGGAUUUGUCCUUUUGGCCACAGAUUUUGUCCCUUUGGCCAUGGAUUUGUCCCUUUGGCCACAGAUUUGUCCCUUUGGCCACCGGAUUUGUCCCUUUGGCUAUGGAUUUGUCCCUCUGUCCCGUGCCUGUGCCUGUGCCCACCUGUGCCCACCUGUGCCUGUGUGUCCCCCCCGCUCCCUCCUCUCACACACGACCCCACCUGUGACACAUAUGGUGACAGAUCCCCCCCGAGUGUCACCCACCCACCCACAAUCAGCGAUUUCCAUUUUCCUGGGUUUUGCCCUUUUCCCUGUGUUUCUGAGGCGAUGUUACGGCUCACCGGGGGUGACCCCAAAUUUAUGUCACCCCCACGUUGAGGGUCCCCCGCCUCGUGAGGGGCUUCUGGGGGUGAUCCCCCACCUUGGGGACGUCCCGUGGGUGGAUUUUGGGGACAUCUCCGCCGGGUUUGGGGGGCGUGAACCCCACAGCAGAGGCAGCGCCCCCUCCCCAGCUCCCCCUGCCCUGAGCGAUUGGGGGGGACACGGGGGCGCCCGCUGGGGCCGCGGCAGACUGAUGCACUUGAUGUAGUGGUGUGAAAUAAACAGU